GUGAGGCUUUUAUUCUGAAUCCCAGACAGGAAGUAGUACAUCUCCAGUGUCGGGUGUUUGACAGCGGGUCGGUCGCGCCGGUCCUCGCCGAGCACAGAGCUCCGUCCUCCCGCUGCUGAAGCCACUGGAGCCGGUUCUCAGAGUUUAUCGGAUGCACUAGUUUGAGUCACCGGGGGAUUAAAGACACGGCUGCAGCCAGAAGCCCGGUUUCAGUCAUGGAGGGCGACUGUCUCAGCUGCAUGAAGUACCUGAUGUUCAUCUUCAACUUCUUCAUCUUUCUGGGGGGGUCCUUCCUGCUGGGUCUGGGGGUCUGGGUGCUGGUGGACCCGCUGGGGUUCAGGGAGGUUGUGGCGGUGAACCCCCUGCUGUUCACGGGCGUCUACGUCAUCCUGGCUCUGGGGGGGCUGCUCUUCCUGCUGGGCUUCCUGGGCUGCUGUGGAGCCAUCAGGGAGAACAGAUGCCUCCUGCUCCUCUUCUUCAUGCUCAUCCUCUUCAUCUUCCUGGCAGAGCUCUCGGCGGCCAUCUUGGCGUUCCUCUUCAGAGAACACUUAACCAGAGACUACUUCAGCAGGGAGCUCAAACACCACUACCAGGAACACAACAACACCACCACACAACCAGACGUCUUCACCUCCACCUGGAACGCCAUCAUGACCACGUUCCUGUGCUGUGGUGUAUCUGGUCCUGAGGACUUUGAUGAGAGUCUCUUCAGACUCCUGAGCCCCAACAAGAUGGUUCCUGAGGCCUGUUGCCAGAGGAACCGUUACCUUGGAGACGUGGGCGUGGACCAGUGUGUGAGUGGCGGCAGCGUGGCCCUCCGACACAACAAGGGCUGUUACUCGGCCGUGGUCGAACACUUCGAGGCUUAUAUCUACUCAGCUGGAGCUCUGGCCAUCGUGGUUCUCACCAUCGAGCUCUUUGCUAUGGUGUUCGCCAUGUGUUUAUUCAGAGGCAUCCAGUGACCUUCAUCUUCAUCAUCAUCAUCAUCAUCAUCAUCAGGACCAGCGGACGAACCAGCUGUAACAUAUGAGCCGUAUUUCUGCACUGAUAGUUUGUGUCUCAGUGGUUUUGUGAUCAUUUUGUACGUCACAGCAGCAGCAGCGGUGGUGGUGGUGAGUCCAGGUCCAGGUCCAGGUCCAGGUCCAGGUCCAGGUCCAGGUCCAGGUCCAGUAGACACACUCAGAACCGGAGCCAAGGUUCUGAUGGAAUCGCUGCUUUAGUCCAGGACUGAAUGUGUCCAGGAAACAGAGCACACAAAGAUUCACAACUUCACCACAAGAGUCUGCACAUUACCAGGGUUCAUCAUUAUUAUUAUUAUUAUUAUUAUUAUUAUUGUUAUUAUUAUUAUUAUUAUUGAUGUUGUUGUUGUUGUUGUUGUCAGGAUGUAAAUCACUUGUACAGGAACGUGUUUUUAUAUCUUUAUCUCAGAGGUUUGAUGCUGCAGGUUUAAUAAAGUUUUUGUGUCUCUAUGGGUCAUGCUAACGUCAUGCUAACGUCAUGCUAACAUCAUGCUAAUACUGCAGAUUCACAGAUUCAGUCAAUCUAUUUAUAUUUUAUAAAAAACAAAUUAAAAAAUACAGAUUUAAAAUGCAUGAGUUUUGAAACACGGUUCAACCAAGACCAACCAAUCAAGACCAAAAAAAUACCAAAAACCGAUUAAACCAUAGACUGUAUAUAAAUAUGGACGCCACAUCUCCACCUCCUCCAGACUCACUGGUGUUUUCCCUUAAUUAAUCCUACAAUCUGCUCCACCUCCACCAGCUACAAAGACAUGUUGGAUCAUACACUGAACAUUUUUAUAAAAAUAGUUUUUACAACUCUCACGGCAGCUGGUUUUCGCUAUGAUGUCACAUCCUGUUUCUAUAGCAUCAAAUAACUAAAACGAAUCUUAUCCAGAAAAUAACACUUGAUAUUAUAUUCAUCAGCAUCACACUAACUUCCUACAAUGACUGAAACCAUCCUUGAUAAAUAUUUAUUAGACGUGUAUUUUAGUUUUAGCCCCAAGUCCCGCCCACUAACGUGGAGGGGGCGGGGCCUAUGACCAUAACUGCAGCCUCCAGCCACCAGGGGGAGCUGAAGCAGGUUUGAUGAAGCUGCAAGUUGUGACGUUAACACGACUCAUGGAGAAACACGGUGGAUUCAUUUAAACCUGAAUCAUUAACUUCACAAACUAUUCAUUAAAACCUUCGUGUUUAAUAGUGAAGUCAUCAGUGGAUUCAUGUCGUGUUUGUAACCGUGUUGAGUUUUUGAGUCUGUGGGACUGAAAUGAUCCAUGUGUUGGUUAUAGAGACGCUGAAUAAACUGAUGGUUGUGUUUUUAUGGUUUUAUUCUUAUAUAUGAAAGAAAAAAUCACGGAUCAUGAUGUGAAUCAGAACCUGCUCGUCUCAUCAGACCACGAGUUAAAAUAAAACGUUAAAGAUGUUUGAUAA